GCAUGCCUCGCCUGAAAGAAAUAUUUGUACUGUUAUGGCGUCUUUCUAUUCGUUAAAAUGGCUUUUCUGCGUAUCACUACAGUUGCUGAUUUUGUCUCAAUGUGAAGGAACGCUCUACGUGAUCUAUCCGGACAACUACACGGCGGCGUUCGACACAAGGCCGGCCGACUUUGGCAGCGCAUUCACCGAGAAUGGAUUGCUGGGCAAACUCUUGUAUCCACGUCCUUACAAUGGCUGCAAUGUAGUGGACGAAGCUCCGGGGGAAGAGCCAGGCUACGGACUGCAUUGGAUUUGUGUGGUCGAUAGAGGAGGAUGCAAUUUUGACCUCAAGGUGCUAAACUGUCAAGAGGCAAACUACCUGGCAGUCGUCGUCGUCAAUACAAAGGGAAGCAGUCUAGAAGAAAUGGCCGGCGCCGACUUUGCUGCCAGAGUUGUCAUCCCUUCACUGAUGGUAUCAUAUGAGACUGGAGAGCUGCUCAAGAAGGACGUUUUGUUCAACAUCAACAAGAACAUGACAGUGAGGCUGACCGACGAAUAUGUUAUGCUAUGGAGACUCUACGUCGUGCCAUUCGUCAUCAUUGUCGGCUUGUGUGUAUUUGUUACUGUCGUUUUUGUAGUCAUCAGAGUUGUCGGACAUCACAGGGCUUUACGUCGUUGGCGUUUCCCUCGUGCUAACUUGCGUAAGAUUCCUACCAAGCGUUUCAAAAAAGGAGUCGACGAUUGUGAUUCGUGUGCUAUUUGUUUGGACGAAUACGAAGACGGAGAGAAGUUACGAGUCCUUCCCUGUCAACACGUCUAUCAUACAAAAUGUGUCGAUCCGUGGUUGACCCGGGGAAGAAGGCAAUGUCCAAUAUGUAAGAGAAAAAUUAAGAACGAUGGAACAUGUGACAUGGGUUCUGUCGAGGAGGCCACUACGGCGGGUGAGGAAGAGACUCAAUCUAAUAGAAUCGAUCGCGAAUCUCCGGGUGAAACAACCCCACUGGUUACAUCACCAAAUCGUCAGUACACUGGACAGUCGAUGCGUAAUCCUUUGAGGGAGCCAUCGAGGGAAGUUGGUGCUGCUACUAAUGCUCUUGCUGGGAGAUGCGAUGACGAGCAAAGCGAGCUUGUUAAUGUUGCACUUAAUGCUGAGACGUCUGUUGUUGUUGUUGAUGAGAGUGGAAAGAGUCACGUGCACGUGGAUGGUGUAUCGAAGAAGGGACUGGUUGAUAUCGAGGACUUGGGCGCAGAGAGAGAACUUCAAGUUCGGUACAUUGAUAAGUCACCUAAUGUUGAAGUUGGCGGUGGUACUAGUACGAGUGUGUGAUGUUCGUGCACCUAAUGGCUCGAUGGACUGUCUGACUUUGUCAUAUCGUUUGUCAUAUCGCUCGAAUAGCAUUUGGUUGUCUCUUUCUAAUUGACUAUGCUUUUAGAACGGCUAUGUAUAUAGAUAGAUCAGGUGAGGUUGUAGGUGUGGUAUCUAGGUAUGUACUCUCGUUAUCUAUUUGUAUUCUCAGA